CUUGUUUGUGCUACCAUACUUUACAUGUUCUCGCAUGGCCAUCAUAUCAACAAAGUAGAGAGGAAUCAUGCCUGGAUACCAAUUGUUUUUAAUUAUGAGAUCGGCAUUAAAUAGGUCACAACUCCAUUCUACCAUACGAAGGAGUUGUGAAGCUAUAAUUGAAAGGAAAGGAAUCAUCAGAUCACUGGAGAACAUGGGAGAGCAACAACUUCCAUAUAUAAUGAGGAAACAUCAACAAGUUCACCGUGAAGGAAGGUACUUCUUGAUUAAUUUUGACAGUCCAACCGACAAAAUUACUGACUUAAGUGAGUAUCUACAACGUGAUGUUGAUAUCGUAAGGCCAGGAAUAAUUCUCAGCAAGGAGGAACAUUUACGCCCUUGUGAGUAUGGUCCAUGUGUGUUUGGAGAACUGCCCAAUCCUGAUCAUGAAAAGCGAAUUUGGCGAACAAGAGUUUUGAAACGUUUGAAGAUAUCUCGAAAUAGGAACGACCCAUCUGCAGCAUUAAGCUGAAAUUAAGAAACUGCUUUUGUUUUUGUUUUUUGUAUUGUGGAUUCUAUGAGUCCUUCAUGCUGUUUUGUAAAUAGUGCUGCAAGAUACUUGAUUCUAUACAACUAUACAUAGUUUUGAAGGAAUUCUUGUUUAUUAGAGAUGAGUUUCUGUACAUUUUUGUGUACCAGAGAUAACUAAAUGAACUGGUUUCAAGACAUUUACUUUCACCAACCAGUUUUAACAGAAAAGAAAUAAAAUUGUUGGUUUUUUAUUAA